GUCCAAUCACGUGAUCGUGUUGUGGGUGUGGUCACCACACCCUUUUGAUUUAAAAUUUUGAAAAAAUGAUGGCGAAUUCCUUUGGACAGCAGCCACCCCAGAGGUUUCCAAUGGCUCGCUCUGUCUCUUCUCCCACUCCUGGGAUGCAGUCUUCAGAAGCAUCACGUGAUACCACAGGUGCUCCUACUGCCAGUGGAGGAGGGGUGGCUAGUGGUACUACUAGUGUCGAUAGGGACCAGGUCUAUAUCUGGAUACUGGAGCUGAUUAAUCCUGAGACUAGAGAGCACGCACUUAUUGAAUUGAGUAAAAAGAGAGAGGUCUUGCCGGACUUGGCUCCAAUGCUAUGGCAUUCGUUUGGUACAAUGGCGGCUCUUCUUCAAGAAAUAGUGGCAAUAUACCCUGCAAUUAAUCCUCCAACUUUAACUGCCCAACAGUCCAACAGGGUCUGCAAUGCUUUGGCUUUGUUACAGUGCGUGGCUUCACACCAGGAGACAAGGUCACAGUUUCUAGGAGCUCACAUUCCUUUGUUCCUUUAUCCGUUCCUACAUACUGUGAGCAAGAAUAGACCUUUUGAGUAUCUCAGAUUAACUAGUUUGGGAGUAGUAGGAGCUCUUGUGAAAACAGAUGAUCAAGAAGUGAUACAUUUUCUUCUAACAACAGAAAUCAUUCCUCUUUGUCUAAGGAUAAUGGAGUCCGGCAGUGAGCUCUCAAAAACUGUUGCUACUUUUAUACUCCAAAAGAUCCUCCUGGACGAGACCGGUCUAGCUUACAUAUGUCAGACUUACGAGAGAUUCACUCACGUCGCUUUGAUACUGAACAAAAUGGUCGAGUCCUUAUCUAAAGAACCUUCGGCUCGUCUUUUAAAGCAUGUUGUGAGGUGCUACCUCAGACUCACUGAUCACCACAGGGCACGUGAGGCUCUUACUCGUAUAAUCCCUGAUCAACUAAAGGACACUACAUUUAGCUCCUGUCUAAAGGAAGACUCUGCUACCAAGAAGUGGCUGAUACAGCUGCUACAAAGCAUUGGGGUUGAGAGCCCGUUCACUGAGAACACUGUGGCUUAAAAUAAUUUAUUAACAUCAUGUCAUUAUUAUACUAGUUAUACUAACUGUGCAAAAACCCAGAAAUGACAUUAAUAAUACCAAAAAUUACCAAUGAUUACUUUCCGUAUAUCCUCGUA